GGCUAUGACUUAUUGAUUAAAUCAAAGGAUUUUCCAAAUAUUUUGCACUUUCAUUGUGUAUUAUGGAUACCAAGGAAGAGAAGAAGGAACGGAAACAAAGUUACUUUGCUCGAUUGAAAAAGAAAAAGCAAGCCAAACAAAAUGCGGAGACAGCCUCAGCUGUAGCCACAAGGACACAUCCUGGGAAAGAAGAUGCUAAUGCAGUCAUUUUGGAACCAGACAAGUGCAACAUUGCUGUAGAAGAAGAGUAUGUUACUGAUGAGAAGAAAAAAAGAAAAAAUAACCAGUUAAAGGAAAUCAGACGUACAGAACUGAAGAGAUAUUAUAGUAUUGAUGACAAUCAAAAUAAAACACAUGAUAAAAAAGAGAAGAAGAUGGUGGUUCAGAAGCCCCAUGGCACCAUGGAAUACACCGCUGGAAGCCAGGACACCUUAAACUCCAUAGCACUGAAGUUUAACAUCACUCCCAAUAAAUUAGUGGAACUGAAUAAACUUUUCACACAUACUAUUGUUCCAGGCCAGGUCCUUUUUGUGCCAGAUGCCAACUUCCCUUCUAGUACUUUAAGGCUAUCAUCAUCUAGUCCUGGUGCUACUGUCUCUCCUUCAUCAUCAGAUGCAGAAUAUGAUAAACUGCCUGAUGCUGACUUAGCAAGAAAGGCCUUAAAACCCAUUGAAAGAGUCUUAUCGUCUACUUCUGAAGAAGAUGAGCCAGGUGUGGUGAAAUUUCUAAAAAUGAAUUGUCGAUACUUCACUGAUGGAAAGGGUGUGGUUGGAGGUGUCAUGAUUGUAACUCCUAACAACAUCAUGUUUGACCCUCAUAAGUCUGAUCCCCUGGUCAUUGAAAAUGGGUGUGAGGAAUACGGCCUCAUCUGCCCCAUGGAAGAGGUGGUUUCUAUUGCCCUCUAUAAUGACAUUUCCCACAUGAAGAUCAAAGAUGCCUUGCCAUCGCCUGGAGAAUGGGAAGACCUGGCUUCAGAAAAGGAUAUCAACCCCUUCAGUAAGUUCAAGUCCGUCAAUAGGGAAAAAAGACAGCAAAAUGGAGAAAGAACGAUGACUUCGGAUUUCAAAUCAACAGGACCUCUGGAGAAGUCAACAGAACUCACACAUACAAAGCCCUCAGGUAGCUCAGUGUCAGGGAAAUUAAAGAAACUGGAACCCACUAAGGAGACAACCCUGAGUCAAUCUCCCGUAGUCACUAAGCUCAGCAAGGAAUCUUCUGACAUGCGCACUGCAUUUGAAUCUACAGCCAAAGAAAAUUCCCUUUUAGGGGAAGAUGAUGACUUUGUUGACUUGGAAGAACUUUCAUCUCAAACCGAGAGUGGAAUGGACAAAAGAGACCCAUCGAAGGAAUGCCUUUCGGUUGACCCCGAGAAACGAAAGAAGGCUAAGUCACAAAUAAUCACUUCUGCUAUGGACAUGCAGGGGCAGUCAGCCCUGAACUUUUCAAAAGUAGAGAGUGAUGCUGAGCUAAAGGGAGCCCUAGACUUAGAAGCCUGUGAGAAACAAGAUGUAAUGCCAGAAAUGGACAAGCAGUCGGGUUCCCCAGAAAGCCAGGUGGAACACACACUGAACAUUCAUGAAGAUCUARAUAAAGUUAAACUCAUUGAGUACUACCUAAAUAAGAAUAAAGAAGGGUCGCAGUUAUCUGAAAAUUUGCAGAAGAAGGAAUUAAGUGACCACAAAAAUACUGAGCCAGUGGGAAUAGACAUCACCCUUAGUAGUUCUCUUCCCCAGACUGGUGACCCCACAACUGAGAGCAAUAAAGAGCCAGAWAAAACAUGGGWAAAGGAGAGAGAGCCCCUUCCACUGAAACUAGACACCAAUACUGAAGAAAAUAUGGUAAAAGAAUCCUUGGACUCUACUCUGGACAAUAUCUGUCAAGGUGCACAAAUGGAUAAUAAAUCUGAAAUUCAAUUAUGGCUUUUAAAGAGAAUUCAGGUACCUAUUGAAGAUAUUCUUCCUUCAAAAGAAGAAAAGAGCAAGACCCCACCCAUGUUUCUGUGUAUCAAAGUGGGAAAACCAAUGAGAAAAUCCUUUGCCACUCACACUGCUGCCAUGGUCCAGCAGUACGGCAAACGAAGAAAGCAGCCAGAGUACUGGUUUGCUGUUCCGCGGGAAAGGGUGGAUCAUUUGUACACAUUCUUUGUUCAGUGGUCUCCUGAUGUCUAUGGGAAAGAUGCCAAAGAGCAAGGCUUUGUGGUGGUGGAAAAGGAAGAACUGAAUAUGAUCGACAACUUCUUCAGUGAGCCAACAACCAAGAGCUGGGAGAUCAUUACCGUUGAGGAGGCGAAGCGCAGGAAGAGCACGUGCAGCUACUAUGAGGACGAAGAGGAGGAGGGGCUCCCAAUCCUGCAGCCCCAAAGUGCGCUGCUGGAGAACAUGCACAUAGAGCAGCUGGCCCGACGCCUUCCAGCAAGGGUGCAAGGGUAUCCAUGGAGACUGGCCUACAGUACCAUAGAGCAUGGAACCAGCUUGAAAACUCUCUAUCGGAAAUCAGCAUCACUAGAUAGUCCAGUCUUAUUGGUCAUCAAAGAUAUGGAUAAUCAGAUUUUUGGAGCAUAUGCAACUCAUCCCUUCAAGUUCAGUGACCACUAUUAUGGCACAGGCGAAACUUUUCUCUACACAUUUAGCCCUAAUUUCAAGGUCUUUAAGUGGAGUGGAGAAAACUCAUAUUUUAUCAAUGGAGACAUAAGUUCUUUAGAACUUGGUGGUGGAGGGGGAAGAUUUGGUUUAUGGCUAGAUGCUGAUUUAUACCAUGGACGAAGCAACUCAUGCAGCACCUUCAAUAAUGACAUUCUUUCCAAAAAGGAAGACUUCAUUGUGCAGGACCUAGAAGUGUGGACAUUUGAGUGAAAUUUGGACUGCCUUAAAAUAUAACAUUAAAAAGACUGGGUUGGAUCAGCCCUCCUAAAGCUGGCUGGAAAAUGAAGCCCCAGCCCAGGCUGCCUCAUCCCACAAUGCUUUCUUUCUGCCAUCAUCUCAGAGCAUGGUCACUUUGCAAAAAGAUCCUGAAAGGUACGUGUGGAGGGCAGACACUGAAGAAAGAAAUUUGAAGUCCAGAUUGUUCAAAGACUUUGUUCUUCCACUUCUUUCAAAUCCAUACAGUGAGGAAUUGGAGUGUUUAUAUGAGUUGAAUGCAAUUUUUAUUUUUGGUAACUGUGAAAAAAAAGAUACUGUGGAAAUAUAUCCAUGCCUUGUGUAUUUAUCGGCAUAAAUUUUCAUUGCAAAAUGUACAGCUAUUGUUUGCCAUGGAAAAGGUUAGUCUCAUUUAGAAAAAUUAAAAGGACACAGCACUUA